ACUUGAACGCAGCACUCUCAUGUCAGUCCAGCAAGCAGGGAGACACAAGGAGAAGCUACGCCGUCUUAUCAGCGCUGCCCCCCCCUUCUCUGCGAGCUAUAUCACACAACAACCAUCUGGAACCAAGCGGCUUCUUCAUAGGAGGCGGCUUCUUCUUUUUGUUGUUGUUUUUGGAGGGAGAAGAUGUCCAGACGCAAACUUGGAAGCAGACCGCAGCACCUGAGUGCAAUUCACGAAACGGUGGACACAGCGGACGGAAGCGACCCGCCGCAACAUCAACUUCCAGCCCAGCAGAUCCCGACUGCGGCUGGGGGUCGUGACCUGUUGACCUGCGGCCAGUGCAGCCAGGCCUUCCCCCUGGCCCACAUCCUGGCCUUCAUCCAGCACAAACAGGGCGGCUGUCUAUCUCGCCACCAGGGGACCAGCGCCAAUGCUGCGCCGCCCUCACCUGCCCACCGGGCGCAGCUGCAACAGCAACAGCAACGGGCUGCUGGGGCCGCCGCCUCUGCGGCUGCUGCGCUGGGACCGGGCUUCAUUGAGUUGAGGAGAGAGGAGGCACAGAGGAACCGAACCUGGGGGGUGGAGCUUGGUGUAAAGGUGAAGGCGGAGCCCAGCAAAGCAGCGCCUGAGGAGCCCUCCUACUUUACCUGCCAGCAGUGCGAGAGUGUGCACUCCUCAGCGUGGGCUCUGCUGCAACACGCCCAGCACACACACUCCUUCAGCAUCUACCUGGAGGACGAGGAGGACGAUGCCAGAGCAUCAGGCGGUCUUCAAGAGAACUCACCUGUUGCGGCCACACUGGAUCCGCGCCACCUGAGCCAAGCCCUUGCCUCCGCCUUCCAGCCGUCCACCCUUCGGCUCGGUCGCCCCCACCAGAUGCACGCUGCCCCACCCCCUACCAACCUGCAGGCUCUGAACUUCUCCGUGCGGCUCAGGGAGCUCGCUGAAGUCAACAACAACAACAACAACAACCCUGCCAACAGCUCGCCGGUAGGCGUGACGCUGUCACCCUCCCCCUCCCCGCCAGCGGCGUCCCCCUUUCCUCAAACGGGCGUCCUCCCGGCCGACUUCCACUGCGAGAUGUGUGACCACAACUUCCAGUCCCUGCGUGCCCUCUCCGCCCACCGCCGGACUCAUGCCUGCGAGAGACCAUAUCACUGUGGAGUGUGCGGCCAAGCCUUCUCCCAGAGUGGCCAGUUGGCGCGUCACAUCAGGAACCAUCACCGCGAGGCUACAGGUGGAGGGAGCGUGUAUGAAUCAGCAGACGUGGCGGGGACGGAGGGCACCAGGGGGAGGUUUCAAAUGCAGCCAGGAAAGGUGAUGAUGGACAUGAGAGCACAAGGCCCCUCAGAGUUGGAUAUGCCCAAGCAUGCUGCCAUUCCUUCAUCUCUGAUGUUGCUCCCCUCGCAGGUUAGACCUGCAGACAGAGAGCUGCUGAGGCUCUACCAAGUUCAGAGGGACGGCGGCGAAGGGGGCGAGGAGGAGGCAGAGGGACAAGGGGAGACGCGGCACGCCUCGCCCUGUGCCAGCCCUUCAGAGGGCUCCCUAGAAAGUGGUGAGACGGGCGGCAGUGGAGAGAGUGGCAUUGCCAGUGGAAACUGCACACCCAAACGCCCUGAGAUGGGCGAACGGGUGCGAGGUAUCGGCGAGUGGGACAGCGAACGGGCGGAGAUCAUUGACUUCAGCUCGACGAAAGUCAGCGAGGCGGUGCAGGAGUGGCAGAGAGAGAACGAGCGGAGGGGUGGCGGCGGCGGCGGCGGAGGAGGAGGAGGAGCCAACGUGACCUCCAGCUCUUCUACCAAAAAGAAGAAAGACGAGGCUUGCGAGUUCUGCGGCAAACAGUUUCGCAACAGCAGCAACCUGACCGUGCACCGCCGCAGCCACACAGGUGAGCGGCCAUACCGUUGUGGCCUCUGCAACUACGCCUGCGCUCAGAGCUCCAAACUCACACGUCACAUGAAGACGCACGGCGCACAGGGAGCCAAGGCGCCGUUUUUGUGCCAGCUGUGCGCCGUGCCUUUCACUGUGUAUGCCACCCUGGAGAAACACCUGAAGAAGGUGCACGGCCUGAGCCAUGCCAGCGUGGGCGCCUACGCCCAGGCCAGCGCCGCUGACACUUUGGCUGCCAUCAAGGCUGAAGAGGAGGCGGCGGCGGCGGCGGCAGCGGCGGUAGUAGUGAAGGUGGAGGAGGACGAAGCUAGUUUGGAUCAGAUGGAGACGCAGGGUGCUGUAAAUAUGGAGAACGAAGGACAUAGCCAGGAGAGGAGCAGAGGAAGUCCAGCUAUAGAGAGCCCAGCGGAGGUGGGCGUGGCUUUGACUCCUGCACCCUGAGACAUUUGCAAUAAACACUGUACAGGACUACAAUGGCCCUUCAAAAUAAAACAACUUAUUGAACUGACAACCUGGAGUAGAACGUAGCAGAACUGAAGCAGAGAUCAUAUGCAAAAGCUGCAGGCUGAAAAUGAAGUGCCUACUCGAGACCACAGAACAAAAUAGUGACAUUCAACUGGGACAUUACCAGCGCUGCAGAACAGGAAGUGAACUGCCACAGUCCACGCCAACACAGGAAACCCUACCGACGUGUUGCAAACGAUGCAAUCGAGCAGUUUGUCUCUUCACUUGACUGGACAGGUGGUGACGGACAUCAACUGUCAUGGAGAGAAAUGAAUGAUACAUUGUGACGGAUAAAAACAAAGGUCUGUGCAGGUUUUCUUUUGAGAAGACCUUUUAAAGACUUGGAAUGAAUGCAAACAUUGUCUGCCUGCAGGUUGUCAACCUGGGCGCUCGUCACUUAAGGUCAUGUUUACAGGGCUCACAGGCAAGGUUGUGUCCCCUCCCCAUGUCUGUUCUAUACGUGAAUAGACUUUCUCAUUAAUGAGGAUUUCCAGGAUUACUUUCUAUGCAUACAAACUGUAAUUGCCCCCCCCCCCCAUACGUGUGAAACGGGUGUAUAUUAUUUUUCUGUUCGGUGUCUUCUUGAUUUUGUCUGCUGUUGUUUACAUUUGUAAAAUGUCCAACUGCUUCGAGACUGUGUUUUUUUUUUUAAUGCUUUCUAAUUUAUGAAUGCAGCACCUUGGUAGUUGUGUCUCACUGCUGCAAGAGUUGUGAGGCCCACUUGGUUGAUUGGAGCACUUGAGAGAGUUUGAAUGCUCUUUGUGUGUGUGUGUGUGUGUGUGUGUGUGUGUCUUCUACUUGAACUCUGUCCCGUGAUCUUGUGUCCAAAGCAUGACUUGUUCUAGUCAUAAUUGCUGUGUUUGUGGCUCAUUCUGUAUCCAGAGUGAUGCUGUGAAACUCCUGCAAACACAUUUAUCAAGUUAGAGAGUGCCAUCGACUCAUUUUGUGACUUUUUUUUUUUUUCCUUUUCUUCCAAUGUCUGCUCGUAUCCAUAUCAGGGACACCAAAACAAUGUGUGUUGUGUAAAAGCAGUGUAACUGUUCAGGGAUCACGUAUUGUACAUAGAUUGACAAUCUUUGCUGUUGCUGUUAUUAUUGUUGUUGUUGUUGUUGUUGUUAUUAUUAUAUUAUGACUAACUGCCUGUCGCUGUUACAUGCCCCACAUCGUUUCCUGCUGACUGUCUCCUUUAGGCUUGACACUUGCUUGUCUGACAUCAUUUUACAAUGUUGUCUUGAGGAGCCUCAAUAAAAAAAAGAGGUGUAUACUUUUGCAUUGUGGUCUGUUUCUUCCUCUAGCCGAAGGUAAACCAGAAUAAAAGUGUUUUGACACGCCCCCAACCCCAGAAUACAAAAGCUGUAGUUGAGUCUCUUCGGCCAUCUUGCAUCAUAAACUAGAAAUUAGCUUGCU